AUGGCAGCACCGGAGGAAGGGACAGGUUACUCUGUGACACCCACACAAAGAGUGGCGUUCAAACAUGCGACCCGGAAGAGUGACGAUUUAUCGUCAACAUGGCAACGACCGUCGACCAAGAGCAAUCGCUCUCUGUCUGGCGGUACAUCUCACUUUGGCCCAGCUGCGAUUGCCAAAUCAGUUGUCGGCGCAGGACCGCCAGGCAGCUUCAGCACCGACCUGAAGAGCGCACUCCAGUCGCGCAGUACCACCCUUCAGAAUGAACAGGCUCCUCAAAUGCCCCGCCCAUCCCUUCAAGCCGCCCGGACAGGCGACUGGACCGACAGCCCCGAGUCGCGGCAGGCCUUCGUACGCGAUCAAAUUGCGAAAGAGAUGAAGAUCAAAAUGGGUACUGAAAACAUGCUGGAGGCCUUGAUGAGCAAGAAUGCAAAGCAAACCAAAGAUCAGCGCUUUAAAAUUGAGCAAGAGUUGGGCACAUCGAAUCGAAAGUUAGUCGAACUGAGGUUGCAACUCGACCAGGAGAUCCAACGAUCGCAGAGUCCCAGCACACCCCCAUCAAGGAGGCUAUCGAGCUACUUUAGAGGGAGUCCCCUGCGCUCACCUCCACUUGGAGAAGAACCGGAGCCGGAUGCAUCCAAGAAUGAGGAAGAAUCCCCGACUGUUGUCUUGACAGACAUCCUUGAGGCUCUCGAGGUUGAAGGGAUGCAACCGGAUUAUUAUAUUGAUCGAGCGAACAUCCUGGUCGAGCUGUUCAAGAAGCAUUCAACCUUGAAGUAUGAUCUUGCAUGGAGCGUCUUCAGCUUACGAGUACAAUUGAUGCUGUUGAGCGAUAGCUCCGACGUCGUUGCCGCGGGUUAUAGACUAACAAGACACGCCAUAACCGACCGGGCUUCUCUGAGAACGAUACGAAGUCUGCACACUGACGAGCUGAUCGUCCUCUCCUUGAUCAAGAAAGAGAAAGCCGCCUUGGAGCGAGAACAAGCUGUCAAGUUCGUUCGAGCCUGUUUGGACGUCAAGGGCGGUGUCUACGAGAUUUCAACUGCAGUCGCUCGUAGCUUGGUCGCUGUGGCCGAGCAUAAUGAUGACAGCCUCAAAGACAUAUGUCUCCUUACAUUGGCUGAGGUUCUGACAAAGCAUCCUUCGCUUCUAGUUACAGCAGGCGGUAUGAGCACAUUGACAGAUGCGCUUGCCAACGGCUCCUUCCCAGCGCCCGACGGGCUUGUCGCCAGUUUCUUGCACAUCCUUGAUCAUCCUCGUCAACGACAAUAUCUUAGCACGGGUCGUGAAUUUGAGGCCAUGUUCGCCCCUUUCACCGAUCCUAUGUUAUUGAACGGCAACGAGGAGAAAUUGAAGCACUGCGCAAAGGCCAUCGCCGCGAUGUUAAAGACGUGGCCUGGGUUUCUAGCUCUUUCGGAACGAAACGCCAUCUCCCUUCGUUCUCUCAUCGAUUCCUUACAGUACCCAAUCACAGCCGCUCGAGGCAUCAUUCUCGAUUUACUCAUCGACACACUGAGGAUCAAGGUGCCAUUUUGGUCAGACACAUACGUGGCUGGAAGGCGGCUUACCACGUAUGGACGUGUCAAUACCGAAGUCGUAGAGCCUCCGAUGAAACGUUCAGCUACAGACUAUGGAAUUCGGGGAAGAUUUGACCUGACCUAUCAUUUCUCCGCAAUUGUACUUGCAGUGCUUAUCAAAGUCGGCCUGAUACCUGCACUUUUCGGGCUGAUUAAGACAGAAGACGACAACGCGUUAAGACGCAGGGGCACUCUAGUUCUGACAGAAGUCCUACGUAUGGCCCAAGACGCGCUACCAAACUUGCUGAGUUCCAAUAUCCAAGUUCUCGGUGGUCUCCUCUCGCCUGUCGAAGAUUUCUUGUCGGAGAAUCAUGCAGGCAACAUGGAGAUGCUAUAUCAGAUUGAGAGCAUCAAUCGGACCAAGAAUAAAGCUAAGCGUUCCCUUAGUGGGCAACAGAUUACGAAUGAUGACCUCGCUGGUGGCGUCCAGACCAAUAAGAGGCUCAAAUACAGCCCGCUCAUAGACGGAGACCAGUUUCGACAGCUCAUCGCCGAAUCUCAAGUCCUAAAUCACACCUCAUAUAUCAAGUGGAGAUGGGAUGUCAUCCUCGGCCUCAUCGAAGGACCCUUGACCAACGCCAAAAGGCUGGACGAGGCGAUCAAAUCGAGCAAAUUCAUGAAGCGCGUGACAGGCUUUUAUCGGCCAUUCAAACAUCGUUUCAGUGAUGUACGUAGCAACCAGUUCAAUCAGCGAUACGUGCGCUACGGUUGCGCAUUGAUCAAGACCUUAUUACAGACGCAAAUUGGCAUCCAGUAUCUGGCAGAGAGCAAGGUCCUGCGCCAAAUAGCAGAAUGUUUAGCUCAAGUCGAUCCCCAGAGCGGGCUCACAUCGACGUCGCCACAUUUCGACCGCUAUCAGAUGACUGAAACCUUAUCUGGCGGCUACUUUGCGAUGUUGGGAUCACUCAGCUCAACUGCCGAAGGCAUUCACAUCAUGGAACGAUGGCAUAUGAUGGACAUGUUCUAUCAUAUUCUCGACCGGCGAGACCGAGAUGACUUGGUGCGUGCCAUUUUGGGUAAUAUGGACUUCACUCUCGACACUCAUCUUCGAGUCAUGCUCUCGCAAUCGCUCACGUCGGCUUACAAGGAAAUUCGCCUCUUUUCUACCAAGCUCCUUCGGCGAUAUGCAGUUAGCAGCAUGCAGCAGAGCUCAAACAUACCAGACUCGUCCAGUGCACAGUGGGCCUUGAAGCUCGUUAUGACCCAGUUGUACGACCCUGAUGUGGAAGUAUGUGAGACUGCGAUCAAAAUUUUAGAGGAAGCUUGCGAGCAACAAGAGCACUUGGAGUUCGUGGUCAGAUGCCGACCGGCAUUGGAUCACCUCGGUGAAAUCGGUGCUCCUCUUCUGCUCAGGUUUCUUGCUACUUCCAUUGGCUAUCGGUACCUGAAUGGACUCGAUUAUAUCACACAGGAGAUGGAUGACUGGUUCCUGGGCCGCAACGACACGUAUGUCGCUUUUGUUGAGGCUUCGCUUGCCCGCACGUAUAUUGAUUCUCUUAUUCACAAGACGACCUAUGCCGAAGAUCCGGAAGUGGUGGAGAUGGGACUGGCUCCUCCUCACUUCUACCGUGAGCUGGCGCGCACCGAAGAGGGUUGCAAGCUCUUGCGACAAUCAGGUCAUUUCUACGAGUUCGCGUCUACUAUUCGCGACUUCGAUCUAGAAGACGAUGACUUUGAGGCCCUGCUCAAAGUUAAAGGUAGCUUGUGGGCCGUCGGAAACAUUGGCUCCAUGGAACUCGGAGCGCCCUUUCUCGAGGAAGACGAUGUCGUCAAGACCAUGGUGAGAAUUGCAGAGGGCGCAGCUGUCUUGUCAGUACGUGGCACGGCGUGUUUCGCGCUUGGGCUUUGCUCGCGAACAUUGCAUGGCGUGCAAAUGCUUGCGGAGAACGGCUGGGAUACAACGAUCGAUGCACGCGGCCGAUCACUUGGCCUGUGUGUGCCGCGGGAGCUAGAUCGUCUGUGCAUGCACACUACUCCAGCGUCGAACGUUCCGCCUCCACUCAGCCGCAAGGACAGUGAGCGCUACAAAAACGCGGUUGACGACGAGGACCCAACCAAGGCAAAGAUAUUGAAGCUUGUUGUCAACAUGGGCAACUCGGUCACCUACAAGAAGAUUGGAAACGAUCUCCAGGUCCUGAGACUGAGGCACCCUCAGCUCUUCAUGGAUACUGGGCUGUUCCGAAAAACGUUAACCAUUCUAGAAAGUCAUCAUUAUCGGCUACUGGCAAGACAGCACAUUCUAGACCUGUUUGACAAGAGCGUGAUGAGGAGGAUAGUUCUGGAUGAGGAUGUUUCAGAGACAGACUCUGAUGCAUGA